UGUGUGCGCUCCUGCUCGAGUGCUGAAGGGCAAAUAAGAGAAUAGGGAAAACUUAAUAUAUCAAAGGAACACUUCUCUCAAAUCUAUCCCAUAUGGACGUGUGUGCAUUGUAUUCUACAUUUACAGUAGCUAUCUUAUGUUUAUGUCGCGGAUUAUAGAAUUACAAUGUCUUGUGUCUGUCAAGGCAAACGUCAUCAUGGGUUUUUGGUGGGCAUGAUUUCAGUGGUGACCUACUGUAGCACGGGAUGCGCCGCACAAACCGAGUCUGAAAUGCCAGACGGGAGGGACAGGGACAUUCAGAAGGCACACAGCAUCGUUUCUUGAGGAUUUAUGUAUGUGUUAUCAGAAAUCUAUUGCCCUGGAUCAUAAGGACAUAUAGUAACAGGACCCUGUCUGCCACCGGGAUGUUUGCUGGUGCCGGUGUAAAUGAAAUGCAUGGAAUUAUACCGGCGCACGCAAACUCUAAACAGCCUAUUGGGAUUUCUGAUGAACGCGACCUUCUUUAAGGCAGAAUACUGUACCUGAACUUCUCAAGGAGCCUUUCUUGUUUCCCCUUUUUCAUCUGCUUUCAAAACUUCAUCUAUUUAAUGUUGUCUGGGGGGUUUCAUCUUCUCAUGAAACCAUGACAGGAACGACGAUCGCAAUGUUUUUUGAAAAUCUACUCCGUAAAUUGUCAUUGUUUGGAUUAAAGAUGUUGGAUUCGUUGUGAAAGUUGGGAAUAGUCAUUAAAUAACUGUAAGCACUGGACGUUGGACCAGUUAUAUCAUAUAACUAUUUCUGACUUUUCUUGGUCAACUCAAACAAUGGGGAUCAAGCUACGAGUUAUUCUGGGAAUGUUUCAUUUCGUGUCACUUACUAGAAUGCCCACACAUUGUGCAAAGACAUCGUCAGAACACUGGAAGCCGACAGAGAGCCACAGUUCUGGAGAAGUGGUGAGGUGGCUGGAUGUGUAUCAGAGAAGUGGGUGUCACCCCAGAGAGACGCUGGUGGAAGUUUGGCGGGAGUUUCCGUGGGAGACGCAUCACCUCUACCUGCCAUCAUGUGUAACACUGCGCCGCUGUGGAGGCUGCUGCUCUGACGAGGCACUGGAGUGUGUGCCAUCACAGACACACACAAUUGUCAUGGAGCUUAUGAGGACCUCAUAUAUGAAGCAUGAACUUGUACAGCUGCCUUUCACAGAACACAACCAGUGUGAGUGCAGGCUAAAAGCAAAUCUUCGUGCAGAACCAACCAGGCAAGGUCCGCUGACAACAAGAAGAGGCAGAAAGCGACAAAGGGGGAAACCAAAGAGAAAGAAACACAUGGGGAAAAAGCUGACGACACCAGUGCCAACUACACCCCCUCCUCCUCCCCCUUCCACCCUACCACCAAGCUCCGCCCCUCCACCACCUACCAGUGAGGCGUGUCCGCCGUGCCCCGCCCGCAGGAUGACAUCACAGCCUCCCUCCUGUGAGUGCAGGUGCAGUUUGAGGGAGGUUAGCUGCACAAGGAGAGGCAAGACACUCAACCAGCACAGCUGCCGAUGUGAGACCCAAAGUGAAUAGUGACAAACCUCCCUCAUAAUCCACCUAUCAAACUUUGCCCAGCUUUGAGGAGGUCAAAGGUUUGCUUGUUCUUUUAUCACAGAGUCUUAUGUUGGCAUCUUACCCAGAUAGAGGGUUUGUGUUUGGGAAUAAAACACAAACCCUACUCCCGGCCCCUCUGGCCCCAUCCCACUCACUAUUACGGCAGUAUUAGAUGCAUAUACACAACUCUGUUUGCACAUUAUAUCCAUAUCUGUACAGAGAGGGAUGUGUCCAGAAUAUCAUCACAUCAUUAUUAAGCUUCAGAAACAGAAAUUGUUGAGUUUUAGAAGCUUCUUGACGUCAUGAUCCACAACGGUCAAUGCAAGAGUUGUCUCUGCUAUGUUCUGAUAAAACUUCAGCUCAUCUUUAACACUGAAUGAUGGACAUAAUUGAUGUUAAAGUACAGUGAAUCGAGUUUAUCACUGGUAAGGCACAUAUUCAGUGCACAGUGGUGAACUUUGGGUUCCUAAACCCGUACAUCGGGAUGAACUGUCAUCUGAAAUGGGAAUUCUGGGAUUUUUGGGCCUUCUGGAACAUAGCUUAAAGCUGAAGUGUGUAUUUAUUUUCAAUGUUAAAGCACUUUCACCUAUCCUGGCUUAAAAUGCAGAGACAACAAUUCAUACAUUGAUUUCCCAAAAACACAGCAACAUUGACUCAACUAAUGGCAUGAGUUUGGGGUGGGACCAUCUGUUCAUCCAACCAAUACAAGAUGGUGGAGUGCUUGGGAAACCUAUUUGAAAACCACCAUGAUUUUUGCAGUUUUGUUUGGUGACGCUAGUACAGCAGGAAUUACACACUUCAGCAAAUGGAUCCAAGUUAGUCCACAAAGUCAUGGAAAAGAGAGAUAAGGAUGGAUGGUGUUAUCCAAUUGAGGAAGACAAUGCUGAGAACUUGCAAAGGAGAAACAGAGACUAAGGAAGUCUCUAAACCAAACUACUUAAACACUCAAGUUGAGAGUGUAUGAGAGGAUGGAUGUUGACAGACCUUCAAUGUUGAGAGAACUCAAGUGUCUCACUACACAAACACAGUAUCUCAUCUCGAAAACAUCCCUGAUGUCUUGUCUGACCUGUCGCAUGUGCUAACUGGAUGGAUGGGUGAUUAGAUGGACUGACGGCUGUCUGUGUGGUCUCAGUAGUGCAUAAUAAGUAUCUGUGCGUUUAUCCUAAUUUAUUCCUGGCCUCUAAGUCCAUAAUGUGGCUUUGCAGACUGUAUCAAUGAGUCUUUUUGUGUUUGUUUGAUUUGCUUUUUGUUCAGCUCCUUCCUUUGGGAAUUGAAAGCUUUUCCCACUGGCUUGCCAGUGAGAUGAAUGCCAAUAGUAUAGAAACCUGGCGAUAAUCCAUUGGUGCUCACAACACACACAUAACACACACUUUCUCACUCUCCCACACACCCAAUCACACUUUUUUCAUUAUUCUUUCAUUUUUUCCUUUUCCCGUUAUUCUUUCUUUAUCUUUUUCACCUUUCUGUCUCUUUUAACUCUUUCUCUCUCACAACACAUACUCACACUGAAAAACUGAAAAACUGCAAAACUUUUUUUCCAGGAGAAAUAUCUAAACAUCUUUAAAACAAGGUCAUUCUCCUGAUUAUUAAAACUGCAUAGAUAUUAAGGCUUGCUUUCAGAGACUGAAUUUCAAAGAUCUUGAAUUUAAGUGUAUUUUGUAUGAUAGCAGACUUUUCACUAGUUUUUCUCUUGUUUAUACUUAAAACAAACAAAAAUAAAAAUCCAAAGUGCACACUUAUUUUCAAGAUACACUGUAAUCAAUUGAAACACAUUAGCUGAAAUGUAUUUUUUACUAUAAUUAAUUACUUGUGAAGAAAACCAAUGUAAUGAAAAUUACAUGACUGUGGCAACAGUUUUCCAAAAGGACAUUACGUGGUUCAUUACACGAAUCGCGGCAGUUCCGAGGUGAAAUGUCCACCGUGUGGCGCUAAAAGCGAGUUAAGUUUUCUCCCAAACCGAUGAGUUUUUUUAAAGUUAAUGCUCUAUCGAGUUUUAAAUCAACAAAACCAACCUCCCUACUCUAAACCUUAAACCUAAACCUAACCGAUAGUGUCAGAAAAAGCAAAUGUGAGAUGAAAAACACAAUCCACUCACAUGCUCUUCAGGACUCGUACCCGGUCUUUUACUCUAGUGUUCAUUUCACCAGGAAACUGCCGCGAUACUUACAAUGAGCCACAAAAAAAGGAUUUAGCAAAAAUGUAAGAAUAGUAAUGUGAUUUUAUGAGACCAGAAUGCAGGUUGCCUUAUUAUCUAAUGCAGUUUUGCUAAUCAGGUGAAUUUAUCUUGUUUUUAGAAUGUUUAUAUAUUUUUACAAGAAAUCAAGAGACAGAUACUCAUCCCCAAUAAGAUUUAUGGCAGUGCACAUGAACACAAAAAUGCAAGCAUUAUAAAUAUAAGCUUUUCUGUGUUGAUACUGAAAGAUGAAUUUAUUUUUUCUAUCUUAUUCAUGUUUUUGUAAAGAAUACUAAUAUUAUUGUGGUCUAUUUUGUUUUAAGAUUGCUUAAAUAAUGCUUCUUUGUAUAUCUCUGCUAAUCCAACAUAUAGAAUCAGGCUGGGUGGCCAACCGUAGACAUAUUCACAGUCUGAACUUUGUCUGUGUUGAAUUUGAGCAAAGAAAUUGUGCAAGUGCCCAGCAGGCUUUAGAAAAAGGGAAAUACCCAUUUGGUGUGUUUCUUCUUAAUAAUUUCACAGUAUUGGGAGUAUGACAUAUUUAUUUUUUAUAUUGAAGUGCAUUUUAUAUUACGCAUGGCAAUGUUUCUUUUGGGACUUUCAAAAACAUUUCUUUUGCUAUGACUGUGAUGAUUUCGGGAAUACUCAGUGUUUUGGCUGGAGGAUAUUUCCAGAAUCGUACAGCUUGAAUGUCAGUCAGAGUUGAGGACCAAGAGUAUCGAUUGAUGUUGUAGGCUGCAAAGGGGAAAGAAUUGCUUAUUUUUUACAAUUGUCAUUUAACCAAACGCUUCUUUCCACCAUAUAUGUAGCAUUAUUGAGUGAAAUAUGGAAAUAUCUAGUAAAUACAUGCAAUAUUGUAAUUAUUAAGAUCCUUAGUAGCCUUUCAUCCUCCAAUUCUCAGAAAAUGGGAUAAUCAUUUGGAAUCACACAGUAUUUCUAAACUACUGACCUGUGCAUGCCUCCAAAUGUGGUUUGUUAAAGUCCACAUGAAACAGCAUUCACAACUCAUUUUACUUCCGUAAUGUGACAUAUUUCUGAGUGAACCAGAAAAAAAAAAAUGGGGUGGGACUAAAUUUAAUCCAUAGUGAAUUGAUUGGAUUGUGAAAAGUGGGCGUCCAAUACUAGAAUGCAAGUUUACUAAAGUAACUUCUAAAUCUUUUAACCCUUGUUGUCUACGUGACAUCAGUGGAAAAGUCGUUUCAAAGGUGGAGAAAGUCAUUACAUUUUGAUAAAACAAUUACGAAGAUAAACAUAUUUUUCUUUGGAAUGAUGUGCACUGAUGAAUCAUGCACAAAAAGACCAGGAACAUGUAUAAGGGGGCUGUUCACACAGAAUGUGCUCUUGCAUCCAUCAGCACUGUUUUUUAUUUGUUUCUCUAUGUAAACAUGCACUAGACAGACGUGUUUGACCAUUGCGACCUGUCUCACUGUGCAUCAAAUUUUUAAGACAUCUUAAGUAAAAAACGACCACAAGGGAAAUUGACAUGUAGCUUCCGAAAUUCAUGUACACUGAAAUCAACCCCGAACUGCAGAAUUUCUGAAAAGUGACAUCCCACAUCAGACAUUUUUUCAUCAAAUCAAGCAUGAAUACAUUUCCAUCUAGCGCUACUGAUAGCACUUUGUGCAAGCAACCUCUGAGCAUGGGAUCUAGUCCUAUGGAAGUAAUCGCGUUUACACGAACAAUGGUGAGCGCGUUUGAAGAGUUUAGGGUUUGCGUAAGGGGUUAGAGUAAAUAAAAUAUAUAUUUUAGGUGACUGUAUUACCUCAUUUACAACUAAAAAAAAAAUGACUCACUUUUGGCGCCACCCAGUGGACAUUUCACUUCAACAACACUUCCAGCUUUAGCCACUGGGGGCAACGAUUCAAAUUUCGGUAAUCCAACCCGAUCUCAUGAAAAUUCGUACAUAUUUUACGAGUUGGCUAUUUCGUAUAAUUUUUUACGAUUUUAUUUGUAUAAAUUUGUACGAUUUCAUCACAUGCAAAUGCCAGGAUGUGUAAUGCGGAAGCGCGAGUUGUCAAGGACAUGCUUAUUGAUAUUAUGCCCGUACCCAAACCCCUUAUCUAAACCUAACCAAUCAGUAGAGUGUGUAAACAUGAUAGGAAGCUGUUAUGUGUAACAGAAGCAAGUAAUUGUUGCAUAGAUGGAAACGAUGUCCAGCGACGUCAUUGGCUAUAGUGAAAGUCGUACGAUAUCAUACGAAUUAGACAAAUUUAGAAAAGUCAUACAAUUCCUUACGAUUUCGCUCUGAGAAUGUGUUGGGUAAGCUCAGACUUCACCAGUAAAACUUUCGAUCUCCUGUUGCCAAAUUCACAAUGUGAUCAGUCUGUUUAAAAACAAAUCUCAAGAUAUCUGCAUUUUGUUCCAUUUCGUCACAUUUCCAUCAACCCUUCUUUAAACGCAAGAAUGUGUACUGUGUGAAUGACCCCUAAGACAGUCAGUGAGGCAUAUUUUGAUUUCAAGCUGGCUUUAAGCUAUUUUCUCUGUGGACUAGUGGAUAUUCUGUCUCUGAUGACCAGCUUUCCUUCAAAUCUAAUGCACUGUAAAAUGUUCUGUGUGAAAUAUCCGGUGUUAUAAAGGUAGUAUUCUCUAUCUCAGUAUCAGUAAUAUGUAUCAACUACCUCUGUGUCUGUACAGUUAAUGUAACAAAAAUAUCACAGCAAGAAUAUACAGUAAAACCGUGAAAAUAUAUAAAAUAAUUGCAUACAAUUUGAAUGUAUCGACAACCUCAGUGUGUCCAUUCUCUUCUAUGUAAAGAUCAGUCCUGAAUCCUGUUGCUUUGUUUGGAGAAUUUGUGCAUAGAAAUGUAUCUGUCAUUUGUAUUCAGGUAGAACAGCACCCAACAGAACCCAGUCUAUACUGUACUACAAUCUAUAUGUGAUAUAAGCUUUGAGUGUUUGAACGUAAUUAAGUAAUGGUUAUUGCUGCUAUACCACCUGUGCCCAAUUCUCCUGUGUGUGAAAGUGUGUUAAAUAUUUGUUACAGAGAGACAUAACCUACUCUGCUUUAUGUCUACAGUGUGUAUAAAUGCAAACAUAGGUCUGAUCACACACAUACAGUAUAUAAUACGAUCACAACAGCCAUAAAGCAAUGUGCUAUAUAUUAAUAUAAAUAAAGUGAAAUGUCUUA